UCACUAAAGCUAUAAGACAUGAAGUUCAUUACAUUAGUAUUCAUUGCUUUUUUUGUCGUCCUUGGAUCCGACCAAAGAGUGGUGGUUAGAGUCGAGGAGGAGGAGAAAGUGGCGUGCAUCUGGACAGAUCUUCGAGUAUGUCUGUCGGUGGUACAAGCCGAAAGCCAACCAUCCAUGCAAUGUUGCAUAAAACUAAAAGAACAAGCAUUUUAG